CAAAUGAAGAACCAUUCAACGCAGACAGAGUUUAUUCUUGUCGGCCUGACAGAUGAUCCAGGGUUGCAAAUUGUAAUUUUCCUCUUUUUAUUUUUUACAUACAUGUUGAGUGUCACGGGGAACUUCACCAUCAUCAUUCUUACUCUACUGGAUUUCCGUCUUAAGACACCAAUGUAUUUCUUCCUACGGAAUUUCUCCUUUUUAGAAAUAUCUUUCACGACUGUUUGUAUUCCAAGAUUCCUGGUGAGCCUAGUGACGAAGGACAGAACUAUUUCCUACAUUGGUUGUAUGUCUCAGUUAUUUUUCUUCAUCUUUUUGGGGGUAACUGAAUUUUACCUUCUGGCUGCCAUGUCCUAUGACCGCUAUGUGGCUAUCUGUAAGCCCUUGCAUUACACCACCAUCAUGAGUAGCAGAGUUUGUUACCAACUUGUAUUCAGCUCUUGGGUAACUGGAUUCUUAAUUAUCUUUCCACCAGUGAUCUUGGGACUGAAGUUGGAAUUCUGUGCUUCCAAUGUCAUUGAUCAUUUUAUUUGUGAUUCCUCUCCUAUCCUACAGAUUUCUUGCUCUGAUACACAUUUCUUAGAAAUAAUGUCUUUUAUCUUGGCUGUAGUGACUUUAAUGAUCACGCUGAUGUUAGUGAUUCUUUCCUAUGGCUACAUCAUCAAGACAAUUCUUAAAUUCCCAUCAGCUCAGCAAAGGACAAAGGCCUUUUCGACCUGUUCUUCCCACAUGAUUGUGGUUUCCAUCUCUUAUGGCAGCUGCAUCUUCAUGUACAUUAAACCAUCAGCAAAUGAUAGAGUAGCUUUAAGCAAAGGAGUAGCUGUUCUCAAUACCUCAGUUGCCCCCUUGUUGAACCCAUUUAUUUACACUUUAAGAAAUCAACAAGUGAAACAAGCCUUUAAGGACAUGGUCCAAAAAGUUCUAUUCACUUCAAAUAAAUGA